AACCCCAUAAAACUACGCUUCAACCUAAAGAACCCCAUCGAGACAGAAAACAGCUCAACAGAAGCUUCAAGUCUUGAACCUCUUCGCCUUCAUCUUCCUUAAUGGCAUCAAAGCUUUGUGACUCAUGCAAAUCAGCAACAGCAACGUUGUUUUGUCGAGCUGACUCAGCUUUCCUCUGCGUCAGUUGCGACUCCAAAAUCCACGCGGCCAACAAGCUUGCUUCUCGCCACGCGCGUGUCUGGGUCUGUGAAGUCUGUGAACAAGCCCCAGCUCAUGUCACCUGCAAGGCUGACGCUGCCGCUCUAUGUGUCACCUGUGACCGUGACAUCCACUCGGCAAACCCUCUUGCCCAACGCCACGAACGUGUCCCUGUUACUCCCUUCUUUGACUCUUCCUCCGCUGCGCACGGCGGUGGAGCUGCCGUUAACUUCUUGGAGUAUCGUUACCUUGAUGACGUGAAUGGUGGGGAUGAUGUUAGUAGGGAGGAGGCAGAGGCGGAGUCGUGGCUGUUACCGAACCCUGGUGGGGGGAAUACUAAAGAGGUGGACAGUUUGGAUCUGAAUACGGGUCAGUAUGUGUUUGGGGCGGAAAUGCACCCGUAUUUGGAUUUGGAUCGGUAUGUGGAUCAGAAAGUGGAAGUGCAAGAGCAGAACAGUUCAGGUACUACUGAUGGGGUGGUGCCUGUGCAAAGUAACAAAUUAGGGUUUCAAGCUCCUGCUUUGGUGAAUGACAAUUGCUGCUUUGAGUUGGAUUUCUCUGCUGGAUCUAAAACUUUUGCUGGUGGCUAUGGCUAUAACUCCUUGAGCCACAGUGUUUCUUCUUCAUCUCUUGAUGUUGGAGUCGUACCAGAUGGCAGUACCUUGACAGACAUAUCGAACCCUUACAGUAGAUCAGUGAGCAAUGGAAUGGAGUCGGCAAACCAGACACUGCAACUAUCAGCAGUUGACCGCGAAGCAAGGGUGUUAAGGUAUAGAGAGAAGAGAAAGAAUCGAAAAUUCGAGAAGACAAUUAGAUAUGCAUCACGAAAAGCCUAUGCCGAAACAAGGCCUCGAAUCAAAGGAAGGUUCGCUAAACGUACCGAUUCCGGAGUCGAGGUUGAUCGGAGUAGUAUUUAUGGGUUCGGCGUUGUUCCAUCAUUCUAAGUUCACCUGUCUUUCCCUGAUAUUGAUGUUGGAUUGACAAUGUUGGAAUGCCAACUUGUUUCCUCAUUCGUCGACGACUCUUCACUCCUGAUGAGUUACAGGCUCUCAGUGGUAAUAACUCCCUCUCUGCUGAAACGAAAAACCCCAAGUUAUCCCUCUCCUCUCGCAGAGGAGAUUGUUGUAUUUUUGCUGUAAUCCUUCUUGCAGUUCAAUGUUGUUGUAUAUAAUUAACGUGGAACCCUUGAAUUUGUACACGUUUUUAUGCAGUAAUGAGUUUUGUUUUGUGACAAGAA